GAGGAGGAGGCUGCUGAGUUACACAGAGGGGCGGCCACUGACACAAACACAACAGGGGGUGCACAGAGAAACUGACAGACAACAAGAGAGGGAAACACAGAGCGCGGUUCUACUGUGUGAGGGAGAGCGACUGAGCGGGUUAUUAUACUGAAUGAGACAGUGGGGCUUUACGGACUGACGGAGCGCACUGUACAAACACACGGCGCUGUACCCGGGGGACACAAGGAGCCGCUUAGGGGAAGUGGCCUUACUACGUGGUGACCAUGGCCACCAAAUCACCCCCACCCUUGAUGAAGAAACAUAGUCAGACAGAUCUAGUGAGCAGACUGAAAACCAGAAAGAUCCUUGGAGUGGGAGGGGAAGAUGAUGAUGGAGAAGUGCACAGGUCAAAAAUAAGCCAGGUUCUAGGAAAUGAAAUCAAAUUUGCAGUGCGGGAACCACUGGGACUGAGGUUAUGGCAAUUCAUCUCUGCUGCUAUAUUCACAGCAGUUGCAGUCAUGGCAAUCGCUUUCCCGGAUAAAUUGUAUAACAUUGUGUUUGAGGAAGAUACAGGGAGUGGGAAGACUUCCACACGACUUUACGGAGGAGCGUUAUUCAGUAUUUCAUUAAUCUUCUGGAACUCCAUGUACACAGCAGAGAAGGUGAUCAUAAGAUGGACGUUGCUGACUGAGGCCUGCUACUUCAGCAUCCACUUCAUCGUGACUGCAGUGGCUGUGAUUGAAAUUGGAACCACGUGUUUUGCAUCUGCCAUGCUUCUGUCUAGUUGCCUGCUCUUCAUACUUAUCACUGGAUACUUUUACUACCAAGUUGGCCGCCGGACCAAGAAGAUGUGAACUUAUCCUCAGUGCCAUACAUUCUAUUUUCUUCCAGUUCUCUUGUUCCUCUGGGAGGGAGCCGUAAUGGUUUUAAUUUGUGUGCGCGCUGGACCAAAUUGCAGAUCUUGGGUCUUCACACUUGGAAGAAACUUGCCUGUAAUCACCCAAGGAAUCUCCAUGAAAUGCAGCCGAGACUACAAGGACUCUCCUUGAUGUGGAUCUCUCAAGCACACAGCAUGCACAGUAGCAGUUUGCCUUCUCUUUUAUAAGCACCAAGUAUUCUGUGUGUACGCGUGUUUACCCCUUAGUCAUUACAGGAACUUGUAGCACCACCCCUUUUGGAGAAGGAGGACGUUUAAAGUAUUUACCAGUCUGUUGAUUUUCUUAUAGUUAUCUAUUCGUUUUCCAAUGAGUGCAUACUUUCUUCUGAGCCUCCAGUGUUUCUCAGGCAAUGUAGCAGUAAAUAUUAGCACAAACUUAAAAUAAUGCAUAUUUUCAGUAGCAUGUUUUACUACUUUAGUCUUAUAGUAGCUAUUUUAUGGUCUCAGGGUUUGAUAUUUUUGAGCCUAAUUAUCAUAAUGUAACUGCCAAAGCGGAUAGUCAAGGGCUUUAAAGUUGCACAAAAUUUGACUUGGCUAACGUUUAUAUGAAAAUAGAUGUGCAAGAGAUGAAAAACCAAUACACAAUUAUUUAAAUUAACAGAACAUUUCCUUUAAAAAAAAGUCUUUUUUUAUGUUAUGAAAAUUUUUUCACUGCCUAUAAUAAGCUUAUUUUUAAACUCCAGUAUCAAUUUAGCUAUCGGGGUAUAAUUAAUAAUAAGGUACUUGUACUAAUGGAGUGUUCCAGUAUCUCCCUCUAGAACGGAUGACCACAUACUGAGAGAGGCAGCUGUGUAGUUGAGAUGCUCUAUGAUAAGAAGACUAGGUUGAGGCCUAUAUUGACGUAGUAUUAUCCCAUUUGAAUGAGGAGACAAUUGGGAAUGUCUAGAGCAGUGAUGGCAAACCUUGGCACUCCAGAUGUUUCAGAACUAUGUUUCCCAUGAUGCUCAGCUGGACUUCAGAAUGUCUAAGCAUUAUUGGAAAUGUAGUUUGGAAACAUCUGGAGUGCCAAGGUUCACCAUCACUGGUCUAGAGCAUGAGCCAUGUGGCAGGAGAGAGUGAAAGACUAAUUUCU